AUGACUUCCUCCAGCACCAAGGUGCUCGUCCUGUACAGACCCGCAGACUGUGCACCGCCCAGGGGCUCUCAGCCCCACUCCCUGCCCGCUGCCCUGCAGGGCCCACAGAGCUACCUGGAGCCCACCGCGGGGGUCUCCCGCCUUGUGGGAGAUGUUUCAGGGAACCAAGAGGUUCCUCCUCUUCCCCCAGUGCCCCUCCCAGAGUGGCGGCCGCUACAGGGAGUAAGGGUGCCGCUCUCGGACUCGCCCACCUGCGACCGCCUCUACCACGUGGGCGCGGAGGUGCCCCUGGCAAAGCCCACUGUGCUGUCUGGGAGCCUGUGUGCCGGCUACCCCCAGGGCCACAAGGACGCGUGCCAGGGUGAUUCUGGGGGACCCCUGACCUGCCUGCAGUCUGGGAGCUGGGUCCUGGUGGGCGUGGUGAGCUGGGGCAAGGGUUGUGCCCUGCCCAACCGUCCAGGUGUCUACACCAACAUGGCCACAUAUAGCCCCUGGAUUCAGGCUCACGUAAGCUUCUAAUGCUAGCCAGUGAGGCUGACCUGGAGCCAGCUGCUGGGGUCCCUCAGUCUCCUGGUUCAUCCGGGGACCUGCCCAUACCCCACAUCUCUUCUGCCUUGAGGCCAAGAUGCCUAAUAAAGCUAAAGGCCACCCCCAACCCCCACUCCCCACCUCCUGCCUCCUCUCCUCUUUGGGGCUCACCAGAUCUGACUCCACCAACCCUCAUCCA